AUUAUGAUAGAGGUUUGUGAAUGCGGAUCAGCUGGUGGAAGGUAAACAGUUCUCGGCACUCGGCCAACAGCCUCGUUUUUGACGCAGUUAACUUGUGUUCCAUGUUCUGGCGAGACGGCAGGCAGUGGCUUCACUGUUCACUGGACGGGGUUAGCAUGGAUGCCUUAGAGUUAUUCCGGCAGUGCAAGAAGGGAGACAUCGAGGAGGUUAGGUUGCUGAUUGAACAACGAGAUUUUGAUGUCAACAUACGAGACAGAUGGGACAGUACACCUCUGUAUUAUGCGUGUUUAUGUGGACACCAACAAAUAGUGGAGUACCUAAUAGGUGCUGGUGCUCGAUGCGAAGCCAAUACCUUCGAUGGGGAACGGUGCCUCUAUGGUGCUCUGACGGAUGAUAUUCGAAAGGUUCUGACUCAACAUAAUUUGGUAACUUCCCACACUAUUAGGAGAGAUGCUUAUGAUGAAUUCUUAAGAAGAUUAUACGAGACUGGCGAGUACAGUGACAUAACAUUUGUGGUUCAGGGCGAGUCUUUCCCACUUCAUCGUUGUUUGCUGGCCAGCCGCUCAGAAUACUUCAGAGAGAUGUUUUCAUCUCGAUGGCAUAACCGGUCUAGAGUGAGCAUCAAUAAAGAUUUGGUACAUCCAGGAGCAUUUGGCGCAGUCAUGAAGUACAUAUACACUGGGAGGUUUGAGUGUCCAUUAGAGCUGGUUGAGAGGAGUAUUCGUAUUGGUAUGAAUUGCAAGCUUCCCAACUUCAAAUCCAUGAUUGAGGAUGAACUCAAAAAGUCUCUAACUUUACAAAUGGAGAAGCAUGGGUUGGUAAAGGUGACGACCGUGGUGGUCGAGCCAGGCUCGUCGGAGGGCAUGGGGUCGGAGAGCGUAGGAGCUGACCUGCGGGAGCUGACCCAAGCCACACUGCCUCCGCACCUGCGCUUCUGGCCCACAGAGAUGCCCUUCUGUAACACUCAGGACCAGCCGCCCUUCGCUGACGUGUGCUUCAUGGUUGAAGGUUACCCAUUUAUGUGUCACAAGAUGUUCUUUUGUCCGCGGAGUGAAUACUUCAAAGCAUUGCUGCGAGAUCAUUUUAAUGAAACUGAGUGGAGGGAUUCAUCAGAUUCACGCAUCCCGGUAGUCACCCUCCACAACAUCUCGGCUGAAGUGUUUGCCAUUCUUGUGCAUUACCUCUACUGUAAUCAGACAAUUGUGAACAUGGAGAAUGCAAUGGAUGUUAUGGUGGCAGCAGAUAUGCUACUGGUCCCAGGAUUAAAGCGUCAGUGUGGCAUUUACCUGAGCACUCAACUCAACACCGACAAUGUCAUUACCAUUCUCCGCUUGUCACGUAUGUUCCAGCUGCCGCGGCUGGAAGAUCAAUGUGUGGCCUUUAUGGCCAAAAAUCUGGAUCAGGUACUGGAACUUCAAGAAUUUACAGAUCUGGUUCUAGCAGAUGCACAGGAUGUACAAGGCAGACAAGAAACCGACUCUGUUCAGAUUGUGGAUGAGCUGCGUUAUCACAUAUCAUCAGCGGUGCAGACAAUAUCUGGAAUCCACGAAGCUCGCACAAAACUGUCAUCCUUAGAGGCUUUACUGGAAGAACUUGGCAUUGAAGCUUAGAUACUUAUCUAUCAGAUGGUAGAAUGAUUAAUUUCUAGUAAUAUAUUUAAUUUAAGGAAUUUGGAAAAUGCUAGGUGCAUUUUGGCAUUGGUCCACACAUGGGAUACGAUGAUGUAUAAUCCAUCAUAUGAUGGGAAUUAUAUUAUAUUUCUUAAAGAAAGAUAA